AGCGUGUUUUUGCUUCUUGUGUUGGUUUUUUGUGUGUAAAAGAUAAAUAACGGAAUGUAUUUGGCAUAUUUUGUUUAAGCUUGGAACUUUGGACAUUUCCACUACAAACUUCAAAAUUGAUACACAUGAUUUUCUCAUGAUUCUGUGUGCAGGUAGUCUUCCAACAACCACUUCCGAAACAGCUACCGAUACCCCGACAAACGUUUUUACAUCCGAAUACUCUUCUUUUAACCCAUCCACAAAUGUCGAUACUACACCUCUCCCCACAACCAACCCACUACCUACAACGGCUUUUACAGGGGUCGGUACCGCAACCGUCGCUGGAACUACCACAGACACAACAGCGCUAUAUACCACAACCGACGCUGUUACUACCACAAUUUGUCCUUUAUUUCCUGUUAUCAUUCCUUGCAUCACGUUGGUCGUCUUCCUGAUACUCGUAUGCAUCAUAAAUAUCUGCAGAACGCGUCGAAAGCCCAACCCCCAGACAAAGAAGGGCGACGUCGAGUUUCUUCUUUAUCCGCCACGUCAUUCAACUAAAAACCGUUACAAGCUUCGUUUCAACAAGAAAACAGGACCACCGUACAGGGCUCCCGCAGACGACAGACUGCCCGCCCAUAUCAACCCAGCCUUUGAGAAUGAGUACGGGGGUGAUCCGGCUGAUCCCGUGGGGGAGUCACCCCCAGUAUGUCUGGGCGGCAUCCUUAUCAUUAGCGGGGAUGAAACCAGGGAGUCAGGGAGCGCGACAGGAGAGGCCAGCCCCAAGGAUCAGGAAGCGACCCACGUCAUCAAAGGGCAAUCGGUUGGAAAGGGUGAUGAUGCGCGAGAAAAGGAUUCUCGAAAAUAAGUUUAGUCUGAACGCAAAAAAGCUAAGCCAAAUGUGAGCGUGCGAGAGAAUAUAUUAGCAAAGGGUGUUCGUGAGGUCAAAAAAAGACAUGACAGUUGGCAAGUUGGUAUAUAUGUGCU